AUGAAGAGUGACCAUGAAAGAGCAGGAGAAAGACCUUGUAUAUUAAGUGAUACACGUUUGUUAUGUGGUAAUCGGUUGGUACCUUUGGAUCAAUAUUACAUUUAUUGUUAUAGUUAUGAUAUUGGAUUUUGUAAUCAACGUAUAAUAAAGAUUGCUAUAAUCGAUUUGCGGUAUUUCGCUUAUUUAACCGCAAGAAUAGCUGUGGGUAUUUAUCCCGUACAAUAUACUAUUGAGAGUAAGAAAUUAAAUUAUAUUGUGACCAGCGGCCAACGUACGGUGGUGUCAAUAGAAGGAUGUACUACAUGGUCGGGUUUAUGGGAUUCUCAGUUCAUAAAUCCACGUGUACAAGCAUGUUUGGAUGAAAUUGUACAAUAUUGUUUAUCUUAUAAUUGUUAUCACGAAGUGCAUAUACAGAAACGAGUAUCGAACAACCUUGGCGCACACGUUUCUCUAAGAUUAAUACAAUUGAUUUGCUAUGCUCUCAAGCUUCAAAAUACUGUGAAAAAUUAUUGUCAAAGUAAUUGUACUUGUGGUGGAUUCAACGACGAAUGUGAAUGCCCUAUACCGUACCUAUGUAGCGAAGUGUUCGUGGACGCGAAACAACUACAUGAUAAUGCGGUGCUUUUUAGAGCCAGCAGCCCCCCAGGAGAAGAAACUUUAUGA